ACGAAGCAAAUCUCAAAUCCUGAUUGCUCCACAAACAAAAUAAAUAUAAAAUACAAAAAUAUAUUAAUAAAAUUUAUCAUAAAUUUCGAAUUAAACAUUUGACAAUUACGUUAUUUACAAAUUUUUAAAUAGCUAUAAGUCAGUAAUUUUGUCACAAUACGUAAAUUCAAACGGGAUUCACGUCAGAAAUAUUUGCAAAAAUGGAUUACCAGGACGUCGAGGAAUUUAUUAAUCCUGACGAGAUAAAACAGGAGGAAGAAUUUAUGCAUUGCGAUGAAACCAACCCGACAGAUUGGUCAGAGUUGCUCAGAGACCUGAAAGUCUUGGAGGAUACGGUUCUUAAGGCUGAAACAACAUUUGGAGAAAUUGUGGACAAGUGGCAAAACUAUUUUGGAGACCACAUUUCGUGCAACUUUAACUUGAUGCUGGACUGGUUGCUGUCAAUUAAGUCGUCUUUGGACGAAGUCACGCAAAAAUACAGGGCCGACCAGGCUCCCCCAUCGUCACCAUCGUGCCAAGAUUUUCUUCACAGUCCUAGUGACGAAGAUCCUCUAAAGCUUGAGCCUAAACUACCUGAAGACGAUGAUGAUCAUGGACAGGGACAACGUAGAAUGAGGUCAACCCGGUCACGAAAACCUGUCCUUACCUUCAAACCAGACUCUUCAUCUUCCUCCUCCUCUGAAGAUUCCACCGGAGCACAUUCCAACCUCUCCGACGAUUGGACCCCACCUUCCCCACAAGCUCAAUCACCUCAACCUAAAUCCCCCUCUUCCACCGUCCCCUCAAAAAAACGAGGCAAAUACAAGAAGAAAAAUCCCGAAAAACUCCCCAAAAAGAAAAAGAAUCCUGACAUCCGCUCCCGCCAAAAAGCCGAGUGUCACAUCUGUCACAAAGUCCUCGCUACCCGGGACGGUUUAAAAUCUCACAUACAACUCUUACACGAACCUGACCAGCUCAAAUUCCGGUGCACCCUCUGCGCACGCGCGUUCGACCGGAAAAGUCAGCUCGACUCGCACAUCUUGACGCACUCCGGGAGCAAAACGUACAUCUGCGAAACGUGCGGAUGGUCAUUCUACCAGUACACGAAUUUGGUCCAGCACAUGCGCAAACAUUCGGACGAGCGCCCGCUCAAGUGCGACCAGUGCGAGGAAAGUUUUAAAUACCCGCAAUCUUUGAAGUCGCACGUGCAAACGAAACAUUCCGAAAGAGGGAAUCAGUGCGCGGAGUGCGGGAAAACGUUUCCGACGGAGGGAAGGUUGAAACGGCAUGAGGGUCAGGUCCACCAAACGGUGAGGAAGUAUCCGUGUCCCCAUUGUGAGAAGGGGUUUAAGCGGCCGGAUCAUUUGAAGUAUCAUUUGAAGUCGCAUGAUAGAAGAGGAGAUGUAGGAGGAGGGGAGUGAUUACAUAGGGAUUUAUUGGUGAAUCUUGUAAUUAUUAAUGAUAUACGUAAAUAUGUAUGAUUAAUUAAUUUGCAACCUGGUGGGAAAGUUUAUGUAUGCAAGUGAAUUUGUGUAAUUGAUUGCUACAUAUUUACAAAUAAGUACUUUAUUUUUGUCACUAUUUGGAAGGUGCAUAUACAGAUCUGUAUUUAUAUAAAUGAUAUUGCAAUGUAUGGAAAUAAAGAAUACGGUAAAAAUUGGACUCUA